AUGGGAGACUGGCACCUGCUUGGAAAGCUACUGGAGAGUGCCCAGGAGCAUUCUACUGUGGUGGGUAAGGUAUGGCUGACAGUGCUCUUCAUCUUUCGCAUCCUGGUCUUGGGUGCCGCUGCUGAGAAGGUGUGGGGUGAUGAACAAUCAGACUUUACAUGUGACACCAAGCAGCCUGGUUGCCAGAAUGUUUGCUACGACAAGACCUUCCCCAUUUCACACGUCCGCUUCUGGGUGCUCCAGAUCAUCUUUGUCUCCACACCCACACUCUUCUAUCUGGGUCAUAUCCUACACCUGGUACGCAUGGAGGAGAAGCUCAAGAAGCAACACACUAACAAACAGCCUCUAUCGCCUGAAGGAAAGGACCAAAAAGCAUCUGUCAAAGAUGAACAAGGCAGAGUCCGCCUCCAGGGUGCCCUUCUAUGCACAUAUGUCUUCAAUGUCAUCUUCAAGACCCUCUUUGAAGUGGGCUUCAUUGUGGCACAGUAUUUGCUAUAUGGCUUCCAGCUGAAGCCCCUGUACACAUGCAGUCGGUCACCAUGCCCACAACCAGUGAACUGCUACACCUCACGGCCAACCGAGAAGACCAUUUUCAUUUUCUUUAUGUUGGUGGUCGCUGGAAUCUCACUGUUGCUCAACUUGGUGGAGAUGUUCCACCUUUGUGUGAACAAGUUUGGACAAAAACACAGAUUCCAACAGGUCCAGCUUGUGUUAGAUGGUGAUUCAGAGGUCCACAUAGAUGCUCCCAUAACCUCUAUGUCCAACAGCAGCUACUUAUCUAGACACUACACUGCACAAGUGGCUUUCCAGCCUAGCUUCCGAUUGAGCAAUUCACUCCUGAUUAAGCAAGAAUUGCUGUAUCAUUCAGAGUCUAGCAUUGUAGCCUACAGACAAAACAGAGACAACCAGGCCAUGGAGAGGAGUACUCAGCCCAAGGAAGGUGACUUUAAUCAACCAAAGCAUCCAGGCUUGGGAGCAGGACUGCCAGUGGGACAUCCGAAAACAUCUAGCCACCCCAGGAAGCAGAGCAACACCACCAGAGAAAAGGACCUUAGGAUCUGA